GAAAUGGAGGAUAAGGUGAUCAGCCCAGAAAAAGUUGAAGAAGCGAAAUUGAAAGCACGAUAUCCUCAUCUGGGCCAGAAGCCAGGAGGCUCAGACUUCUUGAGGAAGAGGCUUCAAAAAGGACAAAAAUACUUUGAUUCUGGUGAUUACAACAUGGCUAAAGCAAAGAUGAAGAAUAAGCAACUGCCUACUGCAGCUCCUGACAAGACAGAAGUCACUGGUGACCAUAUUCCUACUCCACAGGAUCUCCCACAGCGGAAACCGUCUCUCGUUGCUAGCAAGCUGGCUGGCUGACGAGAAGAGCUGAACUGCAUGAUUAUUCUCAUUCCUGUUAUUUCUCCUUAAUAGUUAUUUCUCACCCUCACAUCCCCUUUUUUCUUUCUUACACUAAAUCAUGAGACUGACAGCUUUGCAGGUAGCGAUAGCAUGUGCUGCUAUUGUAAGGGAGUACUGUUAAGAGUUAAAACGUGUAGUAUUUGGACUAGUUGAGAACAAUGCACUGAUUAAAAAGGACAAGUUUGGUUAGAGCAAUGUAAUCUACUUGAAAAUGUACAUAUUGCCCAUUUCCUAGUGUAGGACUGGUUCCAGCAAGUGACAUCGCAAGUUUUACAACUUCCAAUGUUUCUGCUUUUGUUACUUCAUCUUAAUUACAGCAUAUUUGUAUUUAAUAUAACCUCCAGUUGUGUUGGGUUUUUCUUCUGUGUUUGAAUUUGUUGUCUAAAAUUAGAGGUUUAGACCACAAGUUGCUAGAUGGUAAAGCAUGUAUAAAAAACAAAGACAGGGCUCUGAUUGAAUUUUGUUUCUGCUUUUGAACUUGAACGGCCUUAAACCUGUUUCAGCUUUAACAAUAGAGUUUUUACUCGGGCAAUAUUUGCCCAUUCUGGUGUAACUCUUGUGAAUCUAGUGCUUAUUGACAACUGCCUGUUGAAGCUGGUAUUUUUUUCAGUUCCAUAGCUUAGGACACACUUUUGUUGAAGAUGUGAACGAAGUGUGCAUGUGCAUAGACUGUUGAAUUCACUUUUGUGCCAUUUUUGUAAAUACAAUAGUUUUGCACAACCUUUUGCAAACGUCUAUUAGUUUUACAUUUUAAAAAGCAGAUAAUGUGCCAAUCAAAGCACAAGUGAUUCUGUAUCUUUCAAAAUCUUGUCCUGAAACGAAGAGCCCUAGAAUCUUGCUACCGAAAGUAAAAAUUGUGUACCUGAAAUUUGUGAAACGUUCACAUUUACACUUCACUCAGCCUUAUGCUUUUGUGGUUAUCUAGUUUGUUUUGCAGCAAUGUCCCGCGUUCAGAUCAAAAUCUGGAAUUUGUACCUGUGUUUGGAGGCAAGUGCCCUUUCAGUUCAGCAGCUCUUUAAGCUUUUAAAGCUGAAAUGCUCUGUCUGAUCACAUGGAAGAUAGAUAAAUAUGCUGUCCUAGAGAGUUUCCUGUGUGGCAAACACCAAAUCUGGGCUUGCUGAAGUUUGAUACACAGUUGUCUUUGGGGUCUUUUAGGCUUCUGGAAGUAGAAGGGUAUGAUUUUUUUUUUUUUCCUUGGACUCCUAAAGCAGUAGUAAACUAUGUCCUUUUCUCCUUGUUCUACAGCAGCCCCUCACUAGCUUUGGGGAAACAAAGAACUGGAAGUGGUAUUUAUGCAGUGACCUACUGAGAAAUAGGUGACUCUUAUGUCAGAAAAUAGGGAUGAACUUCUGGUCAUCUUUAUGAUGCAGGUUGUAAGUACUAGAUUGACAAAAUACAUAGUUGAUAUUAGACAGGUAACAUGCAUUUAAAAACGUUUUUGUUCAAAGUCAGAAUAUUACAAGUGCAGUAUGAUCCAUAAUGAAAAUUGGCUGCAUAUAGAUUCUUUGGGAUUAUAAGAAAAUCUUUUAGAAGAUCAGUUUACUGAAUACCCUUUUCUUUGACGAAGCAGUUCUGAAACAGCCUAAUAAAAAUAAAGAACCAAUGUGGGUGUUUUAAGAAAGAGACACUCUUAAAGGUGCAUGUUUUUAGAAGGAUGUGCUUUAUGGUGACAUACUCAGAAAGGUCUUGCAGAAUAAAGGACUGCUAGUCAAAAAGAACGCUGGCCCAUAUUUUCUGCAAUGCUGUUUUGUAAAGGUAAAUGUAAGAAUAUGGUUAAAAGAAAAUGAAUAAUUUUAAAUUUAGUCCUGUUCUGAUCAGAACAUGAGCAAAGUAUAUUGGUGUCUUCAGAGAAGUCAUUCCAGAUAAUUUUGAAACUGCUAACCUGAUUCUAGUCCGUAUAGCCCUCUUCUAGUAAUUAAAUGGGCUCUGUCAAGCCUGUCCUUAUUCCUUAUCCUCCACUAAUGUUAUAAAGGAUUUGUGAUUUUUGCAGAACAGGUUGAUGAAAUGGACCUACUUCUUCAAGAGAGAAAUUAGGCUGGGAGAAUAACAAGGAAGCAGGAUAUAUUGAAGCAAACUGCUUUUUAUAGAUGUUUGUCCUUUUGUGAAAAUCCUUCUUUAUUUUUGUAUGCAUAAAUGAAAUUGAAACUUAAUGACAGGACUGGGCCUGAAACAAAUUUUGAACAAUUUAAGGUGACUUGCUGUGUAUUGUCUGGUGAGACUAUUGUUCAGCUCACAUAAGGUGUGCUGUCUUGAUGUUUGGGAAGGUUUUAAAAAAUAAGCCAUUUAAAUUUAAACAUUCCACUCCCUUAGCUACAACUCAGCUUGUCCUGCUGGAUGGACAACAGAAGCUCUUCCGAUCUUCACUCUAUUGACCUGCAAUUCUUAAGAUUACUACAAAUUCAGCUCUGAAUAUAUAAUCCAUGUGUAUAUUUGAAGUACUGUAAUACUAACUAGGUCAAUGACUGAUUAUGAGCCUUCACAUCUGACAGACCUCAGCAGCAGGCACAGCUUUUUUUUGAAUCUAUAUACUGCAUAAAUUCUAAGUCCAGUAAUCACUUAACAGUAAAUCAAACAUAACUGCAGAUCGAUGCUUACUUUCAGCUUACUCCAGCAAGAUAACUCAGCUAUCCAAACUUAUGUACAUAAUGUAUGAUAUGAGUUUUACCAUUUGAUAAUUGCCUUUUUCAAAGAAAACCUGUCCACACCGUAGACUGGCAGUCCCUUUCAUAUCUUACCUUUAAAGAUAGACAGUGUUUAGUUACUAGGAUAUAGUACUCAAUAGGCUUAUAAAAGCAUAUAGCACCAACAUUUUAUUUGAGAUAGUUAAGUGGAUUAAUUACAACUUCACAGAUAUGUCCCCAAAUCUGUUGCACCAAAGGCUUCCCUCUCAUUGUUCUUGAUGUAGUAGGACAGUGUUUGUGUAAAGGCCACAGGAGUACAUUUUGUUGGACAUAUUUACACCCAGUCGAGAUGUUAAGGUGAUAAAAAUGUCAAUUGUUCUUUACAAACUUACACAUUGUAUAGUAUACAGAAUAAAUUGAUCUACUUAGUUUUUAUUGCAAUGUGGAGGUUUGUCUCGUCUUUACUGUGGUUUCCUAAAAGAUACUUCGGUAUUCUCUAUGGAGCAUUUCUAAAACCUAAAAUCUUGCUACUCUGUAUCAUUAAAAAUAUGACUGGGCUUUUGUUUCUAGUACGUUAGACUACAGAAUUACUUUAAUGUAAUCACAUUUAUAUAUAUUUCAGUGCUUAUUUUUCUAAUAAGGCAAUUAAAGCUUAUUGUUU